AGACCACUUUUUUUUCUGCUUUUCCUGUGGUGGUUGUGCUAUUUCUUAGCUUACCAUGUCUGGGCGCGGGAAGCAAGGAGGGAAAGCUCGUGCCAAGGCUAAAACUCGCUCUUCGCGGGCCGGGCUCCAGUUCCCCGUGGGCCGAGUGCACCGGCUGCUCCGCAAGGGGAACUACUCCGAGCGGGUCGGGGCCGGGGCCCCGGUGUAUCUGGCGGCGGUGCUGGAGUACCUGACGGCCGAGAUCCUGGAGCUGGCGGGCAACGCUGCCCGGGACAAUAAGAAGACCCGCAUCAUCCCGCGCCACCUACAGCUGGCUAUCCGCAACGACGAGGAGCUCAACAAGCUGCUGGGUCGUGUGACCAUCGCUCAGGGUGGUGUCCUGCCCAACAUCCAGGCGGUGCUGCUGCCCAAGAAGACUGAGAGCCAUCACAAGGCAAAGGGCAAGUGAAACGUUUAGCAGUAUUAAUAUUCCCAGUUCUGAAAAACAAAGGCUCUUUUAAGAGCCACCCACUUUUUCUGGGAAGUGCUGGAAUACUUAGAGUAUAGGAGGCGUGUUCCAAUGAAAACGAAUAAAUUUUCUGAGCUAAC